AUCCAUUAGGCAAAGAUUUGGGAAGAGGGUGAGAGCCGAGCCCUCUUAAGGCUCUAAGGCUUUCAAGGCAUUGGCUCAACUCUUCUUCGCUUCUGCAUCAUCCUCUGCUCCUCCCAUUGAACUGAUACUCCUUUUGUCCUUCUGUGUCUUGCAGUUCCAUUGUUCUUAAUUUGGCUAUUCUUGUUCAAGGAGAGGGCCAAACAAAGAAGGGGAGGAGAAUGGCCUCUACUGUCCCUCAUCUACGACCACAGGCAAUUUCUUCUCGGGCUACGUUGCAGCGACCGAAGAAAGUAGCUGUAGAUCGGCACUGGCUGUGCGGCGGAUGCGGAUUCAUGGUGUCACCGAAAGCUGCUGGUUUAGUACAAACAGGGGGAAAAGGGAUGGGACUAAUGGGAGGAUUAAGCAAGGAGAAGCAAAGAGGUUCUUCACAUUCGACGGUAGUGUGCGCGGUGGGAGACGUAUCAGCCGAUGGAAAUACGUAUCUGAUAGCCGGUGCCGUGGCAGUGGCGCUGCUUGGAACCGCUUUCCCCCUCUUGUUCUCUCGCAAGGACCUGUGCCCAGAAUGCGACGGUGCGGGUUUUGUCAGGAAAUCGGGAGUGACACUACGAGCCAAUGCAGCAAGAAAGGAUCAAAUCCAGAUCGUCUGUGCCCGAUGCAAUGGCCUCGGCAAGUUGGGUCAGAUUGACAAGUAUUCGGGCCAGCUUACGCGUACCUCGACUAAUUCUCGGGGAGACUAGCGCAGCAACCCACCGCCUCGGUCUCCACUCAAACACAGAUGCACAGAUGGGGAAUCAAACCUGAGAUCAUGGGCAUAUCCACACAAUCUCCAAUUCGCCCUAACCAUCUAGACAACCCACAGAUGUGUACACCUACACACACACACCCACACACAAUGCAUAUGACGAAUUUUUAGAUCACCCUUCCAUGAGAUAACCCAAAAAAGAAAAAAAGAAAAAAAGAAAAAAAAAAGGUGUACUAUAUAUUUUCCCAAAUUUUGAUAAGGUUUAGUUCCCUAAACAUGACCUAAAUAUCUUCACAUGGUGAAAUAGAUGGGGGCCAAAUAUUUUGAACGCUCAUCUCACAUGUCAAAUUUGAGUCCAAAAUGGAGUUUACCGAGUCUAUAAAAUAUUGAAAAUAAGGACCAUGGGGGUAUUUGACUAUAAAUUUGAUACAGCUAAUUCAGACUGUCUUUUCUCUCCAAUGGUCAAUGUUGCCAUUUAUCUAUCCAUGUGGCAUAAUGAGGGAGGGCCAUGUUGAGUGGUCUUUACAUAGGAGCUUUUAAAUCAUUUUUCUUAUUUCGAUAAGUUUUCUUUUGGUGAAAACUUUCUGACGCCAAACUGUUAAAGUGUAAUUUUCCCUCUCACAUGAAUGUAUUUUUAUUUUGGGACAA